AUGGCCAGGGGACCUACGCAAGUCUGGAGCACGACAUACAAGAAGAAACAGGCGGCCGUGACUGGGAGCGGGGCGCGGUUCGGAGGCGAGGAAGAGGAGCUUGUGGCUUUUGCAACAUUCGUCUGCUUUGCCGCCUCAAGAUCCCAUGAAGCAUAUACAGCGCUUGCAAUCAUGGAAGUUGUCAUCACUUUAUUAUUUUUUCUACUGUAUUUACUAAAACUAGAUAAAAAGAUGAAAUGGCUCUUUUGGCCUUUAGCUGAUAUUUUCAACUCAGUGGUUGCAGCCGUGUUUCUCCUAGUUGUGUGCCUGUUCGCGAUAAUAAUCAAGACGAAUUACGGGACGCUGGUUGGGGGAGUGUUUGGCCUUCUAUUGUUUCUUCUGUGCAUUGUAGAUGCGGUUAUUCUUUUCCAGAAGAUCAGUCUUAGUGGACCCAGAGGAACGAAUUAUCCUACCAGAUGAGAAAUAGCUAUUUUAGCUAAAGAAUAAUUUCUCAGCAAGACAUUCAUGUUACUGUUUUCCUCUAAAGAAUUUGUAUUUUCAUGUGUUCACCUUUGAAUUUCCUGCAUAUUUUUCCUACGUUUUCACAGGUAUUGUUCAUAAGUAUUAAUACUUCUUACACUUAAGUAUAUUUUCUCAAUGUUGCAGUUUCACUGGUUCAAGCAUUGCAGAAGUGCCCUGUGUGCUUUCCUAGACUUAAAUACGUUUUCGUCUGUGGGAACAAUGAAUCUUAUUAUUGUCUUCUUCCUGUAAUAAAAAUGAAAAUACAAGUGGGC